UAUAGCAAUUCAGGUGAAUCCUGUGGCCAAAAGAGAGUCUACUAUGAGCGAUGUCUGUGGCAAAAUCUUUGAUUCAUCAGUUUGUACAUCAAUGCCAAUUAAGCGACAGAGACGGAAAGACAUUAGUUUUAGCCCCUUUUCAUCUCCAGCCAGCUCAAGUUCCACACAGCCAGAUUCAACCUUUCUGCCAGAUGACACUGGAAAGACUACUAUGUUGCAUUCUGACAGAUUGACAGACAUCAGCACCUCCAAAUCCUGAUUCUGUUUCAGCACUGGUCAGUUCUCAAUACAGUCUUGAAAAAUGCUGAAAGUAUGUUCAGCCGAGAAUAGGACACAGAAGAGAAGAGAAAACAGUCUACACUUCAGCUUUUAUAAACAAUUUGAUUUCACUUUGAGGGUGCGCUCACACUAUGCUAUCUGAACCGUGCCCAGUCGCAUUUCCCAGUUCAUUUGACAAGUGUGAGGGCUUCGAAUCAGGCGCAGACGUGGUUCAGUUGGUCAGCACUGGCCCGGUAGGAAGAGGUAUGCCAGAGCGUGGUUCGGUUGGACUUUGGGGUGGGACGCUUGUAGUGUGAGUGCAAAGCACCCCUGAGCCUGAAACUGAAGAUCUGAUGUGACUUUUAAGGGACUGUUUCAUAUGGAUUUAUUAAUAAUUCUUACUCUUUAAUGAACACAAACUGUUGUAGUUUAUUAAAGGCGUAAACCCCUCGCUGCACGACAGCUGCACCUUCAGCAAGCCUCCAAAUAUGUGCAGCAAAAGGACUUUAUGAACAUUUGAGUGUCAAAAGUUGUGGAUCUGUUCGGCUAAAUACUUAACUGAAUGUCACUGCAUCCCAAACGACUAAAACAAUAAAGUGAAAGCAAUCUCC